UUGGGUUUAUGCAGCUGACCUACACGCUCCUCUGAUGGAAUUAGUCUUGUGAGCAGAUGCAAAGACGACUUGGUGGGGUUGUUUUUUUUUUCCUUGAACAAUGUUGGAACUUGAGAGGACCUUUGGAACCAUUUUAAGUUUGAGUUUCCUUUUCAGAUGGUUUAUGCUGCUAUACAGUACUGCCGUAGCUUAUGGUAUUUGUCAUUUUAUCUUUAGGAAAAGGCAAACAGAAAGUGGAGAUUUCAGCAUACCUGCAGAUCUACCUGAUGGAGCAGGAACCCAGGAUACCUGUAUUAAUUUGAAUAAUAACUCUAUAGCUACCCCAACUUUGGAGAUGCCACCUGCACCAGAAUUUCCAUCCACACCUUUACCAUCUAUGAGUGAAAACAGUGCUAGACCAGAACCUGCAGCUGCUCUUUUGCCAGUAGCAGAUUCCUGCCCUGGCAGUGUCCCCCUUCCCAGAAUUUCUGACCAUAUUGCUGCACCAGCUCCUGCGAGGAAGAUAACCGUGCCUGCGCCAGAUGCAGCGAGCUCUUUGCCAGCGGAUGAAGCACCUCCUGUGCCCAAGACGUGUGCUGUGGCCACACAGACCACCGAGUUCCCCCUGCCUGCUGACCCAGCUGGGGGGCUGCCUUCUCCAGCCCUGCAUGUGGGAACAGCCCUCGGGCUGCCUCCUGCCCUUGCCAGGCAUGAAGCAUCUCUUCCUACUUAUGAAACAAAUUCUUUCAAUAAAAUCUCAAGCUUUCAGUCUAAAUCAUCUGUAAGUCAUACAAGUGAUUCCCUGGGAACUGCCCAGCCUGCCCCAGUGAGGAGCCAGGACAGCGUAGAAGUGAGACCUGCUCCUGCCAACACCACGCCUGCCACAGUCCUGAAGCCAACGGCACCCCUGGGCUCUGCCAAGGGCUGGCAGCCUCCAAACCAAGCAGCUCCUGUCAGUGGAUGGACAUCAAACAGUAUUAAAUCACCUGGAACAACUGCCCCAAGUGAAAAAGCUGCACCAACACCUCAGCUAAAUGAGCAAGACACGCUGGUUCAGCGGGCGGAGCAUAUUCCAGCGGGGAAGCGCACUCCCAUGUGUGCACACUGUAACCAGGUCAUUAGAGGACCCUUCUUGGUGGCUUUGGGAAAGUCAUGGCAUCCAGAAGAAUUUAAUUGUGCCCACUGCAAAACCUCCAUGGCAUACAUUGGAUUUGUGGAAGAGAAAGGAAUGCUGUAUUGUGAGGUCUGCUAUGAGAAGUUCUUUGCUCCUGAGUGCUCCAAGUGCCAGAGGAAGAUCCUUGGGGAAGUAAUAAAUGCUUUGAAACAAACUUGGCACGUUUCCUGCUUCGUGUGUGUGGCCUGUCAUAACCCCAUCCGCAAUAAUGUCUUUCACUUAGAAGAUGGUGAUCCCUACUGUGAGACGGAUUACUAUGCCCUCUUUGGUACGAUGUGCCAUGGCUGUGAAUUCCCCAUCGAAGCUGGAGACAGGUUUCUUGAAGCCCUGGGCCACACUUGGCAUGACACUUGCUUUGUAUGCUCUGUAUGUAGUGACAGUUUGGAGGGCCAGACUUUCUUCUCCAAGAAGGACAAGCCACUGUGCAAGAAACAUGCCCACUCUAUCAACAUCUGAUACUUGGAGCUCAUCUUGUCUAACAAAUGUACUGAGCAGAAAAGUUAAAAUGUCCAUGUUCAAUAAUUGGUUGAAAUUAUUUAUAUACAAUUUAUCUAAACUGAAAAAGAGAUGUGGAAAUUUGCAGAAGGAAUUGUACUGAUUUUUCAGAGUGUUUAUAAUUUACAAUUUUACUUCAUAAAAAGUAAGGUAUCAGGGAUUUCACCCAAGCCAAACAAUUAGAGUGUCUUUAUCUCUAUGCUUUGCACAUUACUGUAUUUCAUGAUUUUAUGACCACAUUUAUCUCUGUUUCAUUAUGAGAAGUGAAGUAUGUAUAAAAGUAAAUACCUGAUAUUAGAAGUCUCGGUCUUGCCACUAUUCAGCAAAUAAAAGAAGAUUGGAUUCAGCAAUCCAAAUCACUUUAUUUUGGUGAUGUUUUUAAAGUGUGUCCCAGAAGUAUUGCAGCUAAACUCCAUUAAAAGGAACUCAAAGUAAAGAUAAGAUUACACAAAAUAAAUAGUUCCAAAACUUUUAUUUUUUUAAUCUGAUAUUCAUAUACAGGAAGCCUCCUACAUAAUUACAUGUACCUGUGCCUUUGCACUUAAAUUUCUGAUGGGUUUGCAAGGGACAGAGGUUUCUACAAAGCUUUUAAGUGGCUAUGCUGGUGAAAAAGAAUAUUUAGAAGAUGCCACUUAAAACAUAGAUGGCAUGCUUUUCUGUAACUCAUGUACUGCCAGAACACUAGCCAAAACCCCAUGCUGCUGAGGGUGUCUUUGAUAGGUGAAAAUGUCAGAUUAAAUCUUAAGGGAGCAGGGAUUUCAACUCUUCUGUUUGCAGUUCAGGUUUUAGGUAGCUUUAAGUUCCUUGUAAAGGGGAAAUUUUGCUGAAUCUGCAGGUAACAGUGGGUUUUAUCCAGAAUGUGAGAUUCUGGUCUUGAAUGAGGGAAGCUGCUGAAGUGCAACUGAGGACAUUGUUUUUUUCUCAGUACAUUCUUUACCAUGUAGCUCACGAAUAUGUAUAUUGGUGGUGUGCCAGGUAGUGUCCUGAAAACUUAACUUUCUUGCUCAGCUGUUAAGAUUUUUAUUAGUUUAGGAUUUACUUUUCUCUUUUCUUCCAGAUGUAGGGAAUGUAUUGUUAAAUGAUAUUCCAUUGGUUUAAGCAACUCAGUGCCUCUCAGAUCUUGCAAGGGAGCAGCGAGACAAUGCUGUCAUUAUGCAUUUGCCACGAGCCAGAUCAGCCAAUUCUGUGGCUUGAUAUGAAUUUUACAUCCACACAGAGAGGCAGCACAAGACCAGUGCACCAGCUCAGUCCCCCUUAGCCUCAAGUUAGAGCUUAACUGGUUUAACUGGAGCAAUUGCAAUCAGCCAGGGUGGAGGUGGUGCCCCUCUGCACAGGGCAGAUUUGCUUCAGCAAAUCUGCAGAGCAGAUUCCUGAAGGAAACUGAAUUUACUUGCUGUUUGAUUCAACUGGGGUGUCAGAGCUGAACUGUUAGUCUUUAAUGCUCUUUCUAGUAGACAUUGAAAAUAACCAUGUACUUGUUCUGUUGUUGUGGGGUAAGUUUUUUUACUAAUUCAACAGAUAGUUUUGCCAAAAAAACAUGGAUUAAAAAAGUCACAAAAAUUUGCCGUGGUUGAGUAAAGCAAUUGUAAUGAGGAACAAAAAAAUCAACAAAAGAGGAGGAAAGAAAACCAAAAUUACUGUACUGAAAUAUGAAAAAAUAUUUGGCUUUUUAUUAAUUCAGUGAGACAGAUUCACAUUAUGGGGCUGUUUCACUUUAUUUCCUGAAGUUGUUUUAAUUCAAUAUUCCCACAUUUCUUUCUUGACUUCCAGUGGUACAGAAGAAAUUUGGUAAAUUUGGUGGAUGUUGGUAAAUAAGAAGAAA